AUGAAGCAGGAGAGAAAAUCUAAAGGUAGCUGUGGCAGCAUGAGCAAUGAAUUUGACUCUUUGCUCUCCCUUGUAUCUAAUCGUGGUGAUUAUGAUGUGAUUUUGGAUGGGAUUUAUGAAAACAUCUUGCAGCUCCAUUACCAUGAUCCAAUGAUGCAAAAGACAGUCAAGUGUUUCAAUAGUCUUGGUGUUUCUGAUGUGAUUCACCAAUAUAUUAUGCGAUCACAGCAAAUGCACCUUUAUGGUAAACAUGUGAAUAGCUGUCUUACCUCUUAUCAGCCUUAUAUUGCAAUUUCUGUACAUCGACUGGUGGCACAAAUUCAAAAACCAAAUAUUGAGUGGCCAAGGUGUUAUCAAAGAUACCGAACAGUGUUGAUGGAAAAGAUGGACAAGUUAAGGUCUUGGCAGAACAAAAUUCCGCCGCAUAUUUCAAGGCAUUUGUCUACUAAAUCCUUCGUAGAAGACACUAUUUCUCCUUUCCUACAUAUCCUCUCUCCUCCAACUCUAAGGCCGGUGGGAUUGCACUUAUUAACAGAAAGAGAGAAGAAUGGUCUUGUUCAGUUAGUUAGCACAAUGGUAUCUUAUUCCAUGACGUAUAAGAAUAUAAAGUCAGAGCCUCUUUCCAGUAAGCCAGAAAACGAAGCAGCUUUAGAUGCCUCAUCGCUUUCUUUUGAUCCUACCAUUUAUGAAUUCAUUAACUUCAAGGGCUAUAGUUCUGGUCAUUAUGCACUUCCCUUAGUUGUGAAGCAGGUUUUGGUGCAUGAGGUUGAAAAGCAAAAGAUUUUGCAAGCAACCAAACCUGUACAUUUAGCAGAUGGGUGCAAUAAACAAAACAUGGAGUUGGUAGAGCGGGAGAGUGGAGUGCAGUCAGCCAAAAUUAACCAUGCAGCUGCAUUUUCUUGUAGCAGUAUUGGCAAUCAAAAGAGCAUGCAAUGUGUUCCAAGUGACUCAGCAAUAUCUCCAAUUACGGAUUCAUCUAGAAGUGCCUUGUCUAAUGUAAAAUUGAAAUCCUCAGGAAAUCAAAAGAAGCCUUCUACCAGCUUCUUUGACAGAUUUAGAAAAGCAAGCAGUAAAGGUUCUCAAGAUACCGACAGUGCUGGACAGAAGGCCACAACCUUGGAAAGAGAUUCACGUCCUCUGAUAUUCAAAUUUAAUGAGAUAGUGCGGAAAUUGAGUCAACACCCAACUACAUUUGUUACUGCAUCUAAGUUCUCUUUUGCUGUUCUGUAUGAUUAA